GUUUGAUACGCAGAUAGCGAGAGUGAGCGGUCCAGCACCAGUCCAGUGGCCGGUUGAAGCCCAGUAGUGGUUGCCGCGCGUGGGAGCAGUCACGUCGUCGCGGCGACUUGCGCAGGCGCAACACUAGGGCGUCGCACCCGCCAAUGUUGUUUACCAACAAUCUUUCUGCGCAUCUCUUCGUGUCCCUGGCUUACAAUUUUGCAGCAGCAUGUCGCUGAUCUCGGAGCAGGGGCAGGGCGCGCUGGAGCGGCAGUACACGCCCAGCGCCUGGUCGCGCCGCUUCCCCGCGCCGCAGCAGGUGCUGCAGCAUCACGUGCGGCUGGUUACUACAGAAAGCGAAAAGGCAAUUAACAGCGUCCCUCACAAGCUGGAGAUCGAGUACGGCUCCACGCCCGGACAGAAGCUCGACAUAUUCGGCACAGACCUGCCUGAUGACUCUCCGAUCCUGGUGUUCGUGCACGGCGGCUACUGGCAGGAGUUGUCCCGCGAGGUGUCGCGCUACCCGGCGCCGCCGCUGCACCGCUCCCGCGUGAAGACAGUCGUGGUGGGCUACGACCUGUGCCCCGUCGCCACGCUGGCCGAGAUCGUGGACCAGGUCGCCAGUGCAGCCAAGUUCGUGUUUGAGUAUGCGGAGAAGAUGGACUCGAGAGGAGUGUACUUCGCGGGUCACUCAGCGGGUGCCCACCUCGUCGCCAAGCUUCUAUCCAACGCGGACUUCCUGGAGACAGUACCAGGAGCGCAGCGGCUGCAGGGGGCCUUCCUGGUCUCCGGCGUGUACGACCUGCGUGAGCUCGUGCACACCUCGGUCAACGACCUCGUGCAGCUGCCGCACGAGUGGGCCGUCCCGCUCUCUCCUCAGUUCGACUCUUUCACACACCUGCAGAAGAAAGUCCGCAUCUACAUACUAGCAGCGCAGGACGACAGCGAAACCUUCAAGAAACAAUCCCGUGAGUUCUAUGAAUUGCUGCAUACGACUUGCCUGAUGCAGAACAUUUACUUGGAAAUCAAGGACCAGAUGGAUCACUUCGAUAUUGUCGAGUGCUUCGCGUCUGAAGAUAAUUAUUUGAAGAAUCUCCUCGUACAUGAUAUUCGUAAGCAUAUCUCGUAAAAUACAAAAUAAAAGGUUGUACAUCCUAAUGAGGUGUAAUUAUAAGUAAUUUAGACUCGCUAGCAGCAAUCGACUGAACUACAUGGUAUGUAUUUUAUUUCAGGUCAUAUACAUAGGUAUGUUUAUGUAUACUUACCUAUAAUAUAAGUUUUGAAUGUUUUUUGCAUCGUAGAAGUGGUAUAAAAGCUCGUGUAUGUGGUUAAAUUGCGGUAGGUAAAGUUAUUAAGUUGGCUAUUGGCAACCAUAAGAUUGCUUGCAGGUGGCUUGCAGUCAUUUUAAAAACUGAGUGAGUUAUCUUUUAUAAGUUCAUGUAUAAAACAUAUACUUAAGUACAUAUAUGUUUACAUAAUUUGUGAUUUCUAUGAUCUUAUUAUUAUUAUAUUAUGCAGAAAGACUGUAUUCUUUAAUGCUGUAUAUUUUAAUGAUGUGUUAAAAAGAAAUACCUAACUGUAAUUAAGUAUAAUCGUCUUGUUUUGUCCUCAAAUUCAUAAUAAAUAAACAAUUAUAAUAGCAAUUAAUGUGUAAAUACUGAAUAAAUAUACUUAUUGGUUUUUAA